UGAUAACUGACACGGUUGUCAACAAACUAUCUCCAACAGGAAAAGUUGUACUUAUCGCAAAAACAAAACAUAAAUUGAUGCAUACCUAGCCGGAAUUAUUUAUAAAAUGGUCAAAAUACUUACAACUCAGUUUCACUGUUAUUAAAAUAAUUCAACGAAAGCAACAGGCCGUUAUUCCAAAUGAAUUACGAAGAGUGAAGUAGUUAUAUAAAUGUUUUGACACCUUUGUUAUCACGAUUUAAAAUGCCUCAACAAUUUAUCAAAGUUAAGGAAAAUGCUGGAACCACAAACAAGACCACAUUUACUAGUUCUGUGAAAAAUCAAGACUGGGAUUCUGCUUCGAACUUAUCAAAUUCUGUUGGAGAUAUUUGCAGAAUUUGUCACUGUGAAGCAGAUAUUGAUAAUCCUUUGCUCUCUCCUUGUUACUGUUCGGGGAGUUUGAAAUAUGUCCAUCAAACCUGUUUGAGACAGUGGCUAGCUGCUUCUGACACGAGGUCUUGCGAAUUAUGCAAAUUCAAUUUUAUUUUACACACCAAAAUCAAGCCGUUUUCAGAGUGGAGAAUAUUGGAAAUGAGCAGUGUUGAGAGACGGAGAUUGUUAUGUGCCAUUUUGUUUCAUUUUGUAGCUGCCGUUUGUGUGAUUUGGUCAUUGUUUGUGUUGAUUGAUCGAGCUGCAGAAGAAGUGAAAAAAGGACUGAUUGCAUGGCCGUUUUGGACGAAGCUCGUGGUAGUUUCCGUGGGAUCUACUGGUGGUGUUGUCUUCAUGUAUAUCCAGUGCAGGCAGUACUUACAUUUAUUUUCAAGAUGGAAAGCACAUAAUCGUAUAAUUCUUGUACAAAAUGCACCAGAAAAACCGUCAGCACCACCUUCCUCCCCGUACUUUCAAAGAGAUACCAGGCAGCACAUGCCAACGCAGGUGGUGACAGUCGCCGAAUAUAAUCAACCCUCUUCUGUGACCAAUUCGAAUUCCAGAAACGAUAUGCAGAUGUGUUAUGUUUUCGAAAACGAAUGUAAGGUGAAAUGCUGUAGUAGCAGUGCUUCUUCGAUCCAGAAAGCUGAUGUACACGUCGAAGAUUUGUGUGAUACACCCAGAAACGAAGACUCCCCAAACUCUUCGGAAUCAUCCAGAAAUAACAUAUUAGCAUUAGAUAUCGAGUGCCCUAAUAAUAGCAGAAAGAAAUUUUCCUUACAGAAUUCUUUGAAGACUGAGGUAGUUAAAAACAGGAGCAGUGUUUUUAAAUCUUUGCCUAACUUAAGUACCAGUAGCGAAAACUUACUGCUAUAAAUAAGUUAUAUUUUACCAUCUCAAAGUGAAUUUACAAUAAAUUAUUUAUUAUAUUUAAACCCCUCCAA